AUGCAGAUCAGAAAACUCCUCGGAGAGCAAGUUAACAUUUUCAGGAACUACACAAUUCCCUUUCACGCUUUCUGGAACUAUAUGGUCUCCUGUCGAGUUGGGGCCCACGUCACGGUUAUUAAGCGGAGUGAGGUUGAGUUGAGCUUCGAGUUCACAGUCAUCACAAACCCAAUGAACAAACUCAUCGAAAGUCUCAGGACAAAAGAGCGUGACUGUGAAAAAUCCACACGAUAUAACAUAAGUAGAAGAAAGCUCAUUAGUUAUUACCGGUGUAAAGCAAGUUUCAAACAUUUAACACAGUACACAAAAGCAUUCCUGAAUCCUUUAUCCCCACACUGCAGACAUAUAGUCCCCUGCAUCAACAAAUUUUUACAUGUGUUCAGUGAUAACUAUAAGCUGGCCACCAUAAGUUAA